AUGAUCCGCCCGCGCAAUCAAGGAAUUUUUUGGGAUGUGUUCGGAAAUCAUCCACCUGCCCAUGAUACACCUGCCUCGUCUUGCAGUUGUAGCUGCGGCGAGCGCAACGACGCGUCGCGUAUCGUGGGCGGCCAGGCGGCCGGCGUGAACGAGUUCCCCUGGAUGGCCCGGCUGAGCUACUUCAACCGCUUCUAUUGCGGCGGCAUGCUCAUCAACGACCGAUACGUCCUCACUGCCGCACAUUGCGUCAAAGGGUUUAUGUGGUUCAUGAUAAAAGUGACAUUUGGAGAACACGAUAGAUGCAACGAUACAAAGAGACCAGAAACGAGAUUCGUGCUGAGAGCCAUAGCCCAAGAAUUCAGCUUUCUUAAUUUCGACAAUGAUAUUGCUCUGCUCCGACUAAACGACAGAGUUCCUAUCACAGACUUCAUCAGGCCGAUUUGUCUUCCAACAAGUGCAGAUAAUUUGUACGUUGGAACGAGGGCUACGGCGACGGGCUGGGGUACCUUGAAAGAAGAUGGAAAACCGUCGUGCAUUUUGCAAGAAGUCGAGGUACCUGUGAUAAGUAACGAUGAAUGCAGAUUAACCAAUUAUUCGGCAAAAAUGAUAACGGACAACAUGUUGUGCGCAGGAUAUCCAGGAGUUGGCCUGAAAGAUUCAUGUCAGGGUGAUAGUGGUGGGCCCCUAUCUGCUCAACGAGAAGAUAAGAAAUACGAAUUGAUUGGAGUGGUAUCAUGGGGCAAUGGUUGUGCUCGUCCUGGUUAUCCUGGUGUGUACACCAGAGUCACACGAUACUUGCAAUGGAUACGAGAAAACUCCAAAGAUGGUUGUUUCUGCGAGGAUUGA